AUGUCAUCAAAUGGUCGUCGCCCUCGUAAACGACGUUCAGCUCGAGGACCUGAUCAAAGUGAUUCUGAUUCUCCUGCUGAUGAUAAUUUACCUCCAGUACAAGAACAACAACGUGGUCAAAGACGUCAAUCUGACCGUAGACGAUUACCUCCUACUCGCCGCACCAAUGCAUCAAGUUCACCAUCUCAUAAGUCAUACACUCGUGAAAGAAUCGAUGAUGAUACAAGUAAAGAUGCACAGGAUUUUGUAACAGCUCGAAGUCAUCAGCCUCGGAAAAGAAGUUCAGCAUCUUCUCGGCAAGGAAGUAGAGCUAGUCGAUUGGACAAAGAUGGAGAAGACGAGUUCGUAGAAGAGAGUGACGAUCGGUCGGUAAAAAGCGGAGAAGAUCAAGAAUUUGAAGGUAGAAGACGUGUAUCUGCAACAGGUAGAAGAAAGAUAAUAUCUCCAGAAAGUGGGAAAGAUCAGCAAGCAAAAAGCUGUAGACGUCAACAUGUAGCAGCUAGAAGAAAACAUCAACCUGUUGCAGAAAGAGAAGAUCAAGAAGGAGGACGUCACCGUAAAGUAAAUGGCGAAGAUCAAGAAGAGGAAAGUGAAGAAGAUCGAUUGGUAGAAGGUAGUGAAGAUCAGCCAGUUAGAGGUAGAAGACGUCGAUCUGUAGCAGACAAAAGCAGGCGCCAAUCAGCCCAAGGUAACAAAGAUAAACAAGCCAAAAGAGAUGAAGAUCAACCGGUAGAAGGUAGUGAAGAUCAAACAAGAGGUAGAAGAAGUCGACCUGUAGCAGUUAAAAGAAGACACCAAUCUGCAGUAGAUGGCAAAGAUCAACAAGUGGAAAGUGAAGAAGAUCAACCGGUAUCUGCUAGAACAAGAAGUCGAUUAUCAAAAGGUGGGGUAGAUCAACAAUUAAAAAGCAGAAAAAGUCGACCUGUAGCAACUAGAAAAAGGCGUCAACCAGUAGAAAAAAGAGAAAAUCAAGAAGUAGAAAGUACAGAAGAUCAAUUGGUAGAAGGUAGUGAAGGUCAGCAAGUUGGAGGUAGAAGACGUAGACCUGUAGCUUCUAGAAAGAGGCGUCAACCUGUAGCAGGUAGGAAACAGCCUAUAGAAGAAGAUGAUGAGUCAGACGAAAAAGAUAAACUUGAUUAUUCUAAUGCUUCAACUAUAAAGUUAACUAGUACUGAUUCUGAUUCCGAGGAUUCAGAGCCACCGCCAACAAAUUCAGACAAAACUUCUGCUGAUUCACAGUCAUCGUCAGUUAGUCCUACACCAAACCCAUCGUCAUCUGGUUCUGAAGAAAGUUCACAGCCUACAGGUGAAGGGGCAGGUGCAGAAGCGGCAAGUUCUGACACACCAGCAGAAGCUGAAGAAAAAAGCGAAGAGAGUUCGGAAUCAUCAUCUUCGAGUAGUUCCAGUUCUUCCAGUACGUCAAGCACAAGCUCGAGUAGUAGUUCAAGCAGUUCGAGCUCGGUAGGCUAUUUAGGGUUUUUUUUAGAGUAAGGUAGGGUAGGGUAGGGUAGAGUAGGGUAGGGUAGAAAAAAAAUAAAAAAUAACUGUUUUUAGAGUUCAAGUUCAGCACCGAGCGCUCGAAGACAACAAAGAAAAGCCCAAAAACGUCAGAAACAAUUUGAACGAAGACAAAGACACGCUGCGCAACGUAGGGUAAGUUAUUAUAUCUUUUUACAACUUUGACAAAUUUUUUAAAUUUUUAAUGACUUUUUAAAAUUUUUUAUUUUUUAAAAUGGAAAACAUAUUUAAAAAUAUAAGGUUGAUUUCAGAGAAGAGCUGAAGCCAAAAGAGCUAAACAACGACGUAAACAAGCUCUUCGUCAACAGAAAAAACAGAAGAAGGCAAUGAAAGCUAAAGAAAAAAGAAAACCGCCACCUUCUGAACCUUCUGCUCCUUCUGAUUCAACUCCAACGACCCCGUCUGCUUCUGAACCUUCAAAUGAUGAAUUAACGGACUCAAAACCUUCUGCUGAGGUUUCAGGAUCUUCUAAAAGCUCAAGCCCAGGAUCAAGAUCUGAAGACUCAAAUCAAGGAUCAAGAUCUUCUGAAGGAUCAAAGGGUAGCUCUUCAGAUUCUGAAGCUUCUACUUAUCGUUCAAAAUCUUUUGAAGGCUCUAGUCAAGGUUCAAGAUCUAGAGGCUCAAGUCAAUGCUCAAGAUUUAAAGGCCCAAGACGAAGCUCACGAUCUAAAGGCUCAAGAUUUUCUGAAGGUUCAAGAGACAGUUCUUCAGAUUCUGAAGCUUCGACUUACGGUUCAAGAUCUUCUGAAGGCUCAAGUCAAGGUUUUUCGGGUUCAGAAUCAAGAAGUUUUCAGUCAGAAUCAAAAUCUCGCGAUUCUUCACAGUCUAGUCAAGCUUCUGGAAGCGGUCGUUGGAACGAUAAAAGACUUGGAAGGAAGAACCAUGAAGGUAAACGUACUGGAAGCCGCCAUGCUAAAGUUAAAAGACGGAGUAGAAAGCAAGAUGAAAGCAGGCGCUCCAGAAGUCGUCAAGAUAAAGUUGGAAGAUCUAGUAGCCGACAAGAUCAUGGUCAACAUUCUAGAAGUCGUCAUUUUGAAGACAGACAAUCCAGAAAGCGUCAACUUGACGGCAAGCGCUCUAGAAACCGUCCAGGUGAAGGUAGAUCAUUUAGAAGCCGUGCCAAUGAGAUUAGGCCUUCCAAAAACCGUUACGAUGAAUCUGAAUCCUCAUCAAGCCGCGACGAGCAAGCUAGUCGUUCUAGAAGCCGUCACGAUGAAGCCGCACCAUCUCGGCCAAAACUACCUCCAACAGCAAAUCCAGAACCGACUCCAGCUGCAGCACCAUCGGCUUCAAAAAGCCCAGCAAUGGAUAAGACGCAACUUAAAAUGGUAGCAGCUCAAGACAAGAUUCAAGCUGCCAUGGCUCGUGCCAAACUUAAAAUUGAUGCAGCAAUGCGUAAAGUGGCGGCUAAAACAGGUAAACUGGGUGCGAAGACGCCCGGUGGUACACCUGCUCCAGCUAGUGAUGUUCAAACUGGUAAUGGUGCAUCUUCGGGUGGCAGUGGGACUUCUUCUCCUGACGGUGGUGCUGGUUCUACAGGUGGCAAUGAUAGUGAUCUAAGUCAUGAUUCUGUGUCGCCUGGUGAUGAAGAUACGGACAGUGGUGAUGGUAAUCACAGUGAGAGACAACUUGGUUACCGUGAAAAACCAGGCAGUCGUCGAGAGAACCAAGUUGGUCGUCGUGAGCGUGAAACUGACCGUGAAACUAAAGGCAGACGUCGUGAGAGCCACGUUGGCCGCCGUGAAAGUUCAGCUCGUCGCCGUGAACGUCAAGGCAGUCGCCGUGAUUAUCCAAUUAGCCGCCGUGAACGUAAAAAUGCUCGUGAAAGUCAAGACAGUCAAAGUGAAAGUCAACGUGCUUACCGUGAAACUGAAAGUGGCCGUGAUGAAAGCAGGAGACAUCAUAGACGUUAUGAGGACAGCGAUGAUAAGCUCCACAGUCUAGCACGUGGUCUCGGUCAUGAAAGACAUGGUAGGAAACGUCGUAGGCCAAAUCACUAA